AUGCCACUGUGCGCAACCACGAGGCACGGCAACAUACCCUUUGGGAACAUCGAGCCACAGCUAUCGCGGCUCGCCGUCUUCUUUAUGGUUGCCCACAAUCGACAUAUCCACCUCUUCAAUUCGUUUCGCGACUUGCCGCCAAGGUUAACAGACCGAUCGAGCGAGCAGGACGAGAAGAAUGGAAGUGGGCGGACGUUCGUCAGCAGCAACUCGGCUAGCAGGUACGCCAAACAUGCCGUGCCCGUCCUGUCCAGAUUUCCUACCUGCCCGUCAAAAUAA